UGAGCAAGCCGGCCCUUUGCUUCUCCUGCUCCCGAGGAAUGCCAAGAUUCUGCUGCGCUGACUCCAACUGCCUUCUCAUACCUAGAGUUGGGGCUACUCUCUGGAUACCUGCAUAAGCAAUCCCUUGUCACUGCUACCCAGUCCUACCUGCACCCUGCUUUUUCCUUUUUGCUACACUUGAGUUCCUUUCUUCCUGUCCCUACUUCCAUCCCCCUGUACACAAUGCAUAAAGGAUGGAAAAAGUACUGCGGCCAGAAGUCUCUGAAUGAGGCGUCCAUGGAUGAGUAUUUAGGCAGCUUAGGGCUGUUUCGGAAACUGACUGCCAAGGAUGCCUCUUGCCUCUUUCGGGCUAUUUCGGAGCAGUUGUUUUUCAGCCAGGUCCAUCAUUUGGAAAUCAGGAAAGCUUGUGUCUCCUAUAUGAGGGAAAAUCAACAAACUUUUGAGUCUUAUGUGGAGGGAUCUUUUGAGAAAUACCUGGAACGGUUGGGAGAUCCCAAGGAAAGUGCUGGCCAGCUGGAAAUAAGAGCUCUUUCUCUAAUUUAUAAUCGGGACUUCAUUCUUUAUCGCUAUCCUGGAAAGCCUCCAACUUGUGUCACAGAUAAUGGCUAUGAAGAUAAGAUUCUACUCUGCUAUUCCAGUAAUGGUCAUUAUGAUUCAGUGUAUUCAAAACAGUUUCAGUCAAGUGCAGCUAUUUGUCAGGCUGUUUUAUAUGAAAUUCUCUACAAAGAUGUGUUUGUGGUGGAUGAAGAAGAGUUGAAGACUGCAGUUGAAUUGUUUCGAGGUGGUUCUAAAAAGAACAGAAACAAUGCUAUUACUGGCAGUGAGGAUGCCCACAUUGACUACAAGAGUUCAACUCAAGAUAGGACUGAAGAAUGGGAUGCCAGCUGCAAUGUUGAAAAUAUACCAGAGGGGUACAAUCAAGGAACUGAAGAAGCAAAGUCUCCAGAAAAUCCAUCAAAGAUGCUCUUCCCCUAUAAGGUGCUCAAAGCCCUGGAUCCAGAAAUCUAUCGUAAUGUAGAAUUUGAUGUUUGGUUGGACAGCAGAAAAGAACUUCAAAAAUCUGAUUACAUGGAGUAUGCUGGGAGACAAUACUAUUUGGGAGACAAGUGUCAGGUUCGCUUGGAAUCAGGUGGAAAAUACUAUAAUGCUCAUAUUCAGGAAGUUGGAAAUGAGAACAAUUCAGUAACAGUUUUCAUUGAAGAAAUGGCAGAAAAGCAUGUUGUUCCACUGGCUAACUUAAAACCAGUUACUCAAGUGACACCUCUUCCUGCCUGGAAUGCUGUGCCCUGUCGGAAAGGAAGAGGUUUCCAGAAAAUACCUGGGGCCUAUGUCCCAGAAAUGGCUAUGUCAGAGAUGGACAUAAAACAACGGAAGAAGAUGUUCAGAAAAGUUAGAGGGAAAGAGUUUUAUGUGACUAUGGCUUACAGCAGGGGAGACCCAUUUCUUCCACCCCGGCUUCAGCACAGUAUGAAUUAUGGGCACGACCCUUCUAUGCAGUACUCACAGACGGCUGAAAAUGUUAUGGCUAGUGAACUCUUUCAUCCUCAGCAUAUACCUCAGAGAGAAGGUCGGGGCUAUGGAGUGCCCAGGGAUUCAUCUCGCUUUAUAAACAGGCCAAACAUCAUGGGGCCUAAAGUUGGUUUUUACCCUGCCCCAGGUAAAAGGUGCUGUCAGAGUUAUGAUAAUUUCUCCUAUAGGUCUCGUUCCUUUAGACGUAGUCACCGCCAGAUGCAUUGUAUGAAUAAGGAGUGCCAGUAUAGCUUUGCCCCUGUGAAUGGACAGAUGCCCAGGGGCUUGGAAGAAACCAUUACCUUUUAUGAAGUUGAAGAAGGGGAUGAGACUGCUUAUCCAACUUUACCUAAUCAUGGAGGGCCCUCUUCUAUGGUUCCUGCUGCUUCAAGAUACUGUGUUGCAAGGCAAGGACAUAACUCAGGCAAACAAACAUUGAAUUCCGAGGAGGGUGAUUGUCAAAGUGACAGUGGUGGAUAUCAUGAAGAAUAUGUUUAUCGUUCAGACUCAGACUAUGAAACUUCAGGUGUUUAUAGCACAACUGAAUCUACAGCAAACUUGUCUCUUCAGGACAGAAGACCAUGCUCUAUGUCUCCUCAGGAUACAGUUACCUCAUAUGACUAUCCCCAGAAGGUGAUGGUAAAUUCUGCAGCAGUUGGAGCUUCCCGUGCCAAUAAUGAUCCAGCUCCAGUCUUAUCUAACUGUGCAACAGCUAAUCAAGCUAGUAGUACCACUUCAGUUUCCUCACAGAAUGCUAUACAGCCUCUAUUUGUUUCUCCACCUACACAAGGCAGGCCAGUGAUUCCUUCAUCAUCCUAUCCAUAUCUCCCUGCUUCUAUUCCUGCUGCUGCUGCUGCUUCUCUACCUGUUCCACCACCUCUUCCUCCUCCUUUUGAGGUAGGAGAGGCACCAAACUUACCACCACCACCACCACCUUAUUCCUGUGAUCCAAGUGGUAGUGAUCUGCCUCAGGAUACAAAAGUUUUGCAGUACUACUUCAAUCUGGGAUUGCAGUGUUACCACCACAACUACUGGCACUCCAUGGUCUAUGUACCACAGAUGCAGCAGCAACAGCAGCUUCAUGUGGAGAAUUAUCCAGUUUAUACUGAGCCACCUCCUAUGGUAGAUCAAACUGUUCCUCAGUUGUACAAUGAGGUGGGGAGACAAGAUGGCACACCAGGAGAAGCAUCAGCAAAUGGUACAUUUCCAAAUGCUGAUCCUGCAAGUGUCCCUCAGGGAACAGUCUAUUAUCCAGUGAUGUCAGAUCCCUAUGGGCAGCCACCUUUGCCGGGAUUUGAUUCCUGUAUUCCUGUUGUGCCAGAUUAUCCCUGUGUUGCACCGUGGCAUCCAGUUGGCACAGCAUAUGGUGGUUCUUCUCCUGUUCAUGGUGCUGUGAAUCCUGGACCAGUUGGUUAUAUUGCUUCACCUUCCUCAGCUUCUCAUUAUGUACCUCAGAAUAUGUAACAUUCAGCAGUAUGAAGUAUUCUUGCACUGCCAUUUUUCUUGCUGUUUUUUAAUUUUUUAAAAUAUUUUGUUAGUGUUUAAGUGAUUUAGGUAGCUUAAGUGGUUAUUAUAUCUGCCUUUAAGAUUAUUUUAUCUUUUGAUUUAAAAUAAAGGGCUGCUACUUUGAGCUGUGAAUAUGGAAAUUGGAUAUACAACUAGCCCCACAUUGAACAUAGUUGUAUUCAGCUGUUCUCAUAUCAACCAGCUUCUCAACUUUGUAUUAGUUAGUUGAUGGUACCAAUUGAUAAAAGGAAUGACAUCUGAACUAUAUCUGUGGUUCGAGUCACACAUUAUAUUAAACAAUGCAAAAUUGGAAUGACUGCCACUUUUUUCUAGAUUAUAAAACAUCAGAACCAAGAGCCUUUGCUUCUGGGUAACUGUCUUUAUAUUAAAUGAGAGACCUCUUUAGGAUUCUUGAGAAUUGUGUUAACUGGGUUGUGUUCUAAUACUAAUCAGUUUUGAAGGCACAUGGUGUUCUGCUUUAGAUUUAUCCCAUAUGCUAUUGUUUAAUGUUGGAUUUAUGUAACUUUUACUGCACAGUAUUGAAUUGGUGUCCUUUGCACAGUUAGCAGUAAAUAAAAAUUAGCAUUUAAAAUUGCUAAAAUG